CAAAAACUUGUCAUAUAAAGUAAACUUAACCCCAUAAUAUAUCAUAAGAAUGGCUUCGGCGGUACCAUUUAAUCCAGAUGAUUUUGAGAAUAACAAUCCCUUUGCGGAACCUGUGAAUUUUGCUUCUGAGUCAAUUGUUGGUGGCAAUUCUUUAUUCAACAAUGAACCUGAGGCACCAGAAGCUGAUGAAGAACAAGAACAACAAGAAGAAAAUGUUACAGACGAUGUAGAGACAUAUACAUCCCAUCAAGAUGUGACACAACGACAUGAGAACGAAAAUAUCAAUGAAAUUGAACCAGAGUCUGGUGCCAUUUCAUCACAAUUGGAUGAAAAAGUAUUAAGAAAAUUGAUUCCAGAAAGAUUUACUAAAAAGUUUCUGAUAAAGAUAACUUUGAAAAGUCUUGAGAGUAAUAAAGCGGGGAACCCUAUUCUUAACUUUGAUGUUACUGUGACUGGAUUACAGAGAUUUAGACAAACUGUUUAUAAAGAGGUUCGUAGAACUUACAAUGAAGUUCAAAAAUUUAACAAGUACCUCAUGGUUUCAAAUUUAGAAGUUUGUGUGCCAGUAAUUCCUCUGGCUAUUACAUCAUUUCCCACUGGAGGUACAGAUGAAGUUAAACAACUUUUGUACGUUUGGCAAGAAUGGUUUGAUAGAAUCACUAGUAAUCCUAUUUUAAUUUUAGAUGAAGAAUUUGUGUUUUUCAUUGAAAAUGAUUUUGGAUAUUCAGUGAUUAAUAGUAAUCGUAAGACUGCAAUUGCUAGUGGACUUGUUAGAAAGACUUUGAAACAAUUACAAGUACCUUACGAUCCAUAUGAAGAAUUGGCAGAAUUUAGACCAUUGAUUAAAUCUGCUUAUUUGACUUGUCAAAAACUUCAUAAAGUAUUGGAUAAAAAGAGUAAAACUGAUAAACAAUUAUCAAUAUAUAUAAGUGAAUUAGCACAAAAGCUUAAUCAAUUAUCUGAAUUUGAAAUGAUUCAUCCCGGUAUGAAGAAUAUGUGGGAAAAACUUGCAAAAAUCACAUCAAUUCAAUCAGAUUUAAUAUUAAUUGAACUGGUUAAUGAAAUGGGGAACCUUGGAGAUGGAAUCCAAGCAUUUAUUGAUGAUUUUUAUCAAAUUAAGGAGGCAUUAACUAAUCGUCAUUUAGUUAUGAGAGAGUAUGCAACUGCUGAAAAGGAUACAAAGGCUAAGCAUGUGCAGGCCACAAAGAUUAAAAAUAAAUCUUCUUUGGAUCCUUUAAAGGUUGAUGAAGCAAUUAGAUCACUUGAAUAUGCAACCAAGACUGAAGAAUCAUUAAACUUGCAAUUAAAACGUAUUUCUGGAGAAAUGCUUUUUGAAAAAAAGGAAAUUAUAAAUCAUACAGAAAAGAAACUUUGUAGAAUGCUUCAAGGUUUUACAUUACAUAAGGUGGAUCAUCAUCGUAAAAUCUUGAAACAUUUAGAGAAUAUUCGUUUAGAUAUUCGAAUUGUUGAUGAAAAGGGAGGUUUAUCAAGAUUAAAUCGAGAAAAUUUAUCAAAUCUUAAACAUAAUUUGACUCAAUCACAAGCUGCUAAUGGAGAUUCAUGGUCUCAUAGAACCUUUAGAUCAUUGAAUGCAAAGACUAAUGAUCCAGAUCAUGAAGAAUAUGAAGUUGAAAAUGCAAAUCCUGUUGAUGCUAAACAUGCUGCUAGUUUAUUAGGAGUAGCUACAUUUUAAUAUAUUCUGUCUAGCAUUUUUGACAUUGCUAAAUAUGUUUUUUAACCAUAUGUAUUAAUAUAUUUCAUGUAUUUUCAUUAUAUAC